AUGGCCACCGUAACCAUAGGCAAAUCCUAUUUCGACGCUCUUCUACGCAAGGCUGAAUUUGUCUGUACCCCCCCAGGCAGUAGCUAUGUGUCUGGCUUCGGUAGAGCUGACUCUUAUCAACAGCAUACUUCCAACCAGCCUGUCAGCUACGGCACUGAUCUCUCUGACAAUGUCACCAUUAGCAAGGCAGAACAUGAGUACAUGACCCAAGCAGUGCGAGAGUACCACCUUCUCAAAAGCGCUCUAUUCCGUGGAGGCCUGACGAACGAGACCCUGGAUACACUGCUGCAGGGCGAGAAUGGGGCUUCGAACGAAGAACCGUCUAGUUACGAUUAUGAAUCGCAACACGCAAAUACAAGAUUGCAGGCUACUCCUGUAGCAGCGCCUACGUCAGCUCGCUACCCAAAAGAGUCCGACUAUACCUCUGCCAGCCACGGACUCCACCCUAGACCUUCAGCAUCGUUCCGUCGAGUCGUCAGCUAUGGGGAAUCCGAGUCUUUCACCGGCGACCCAGACAGCCCACCCGACGAAUAUGACGAUAUAAACCGUGGAUCAGCCCAGCGUAUACCGCUCCACGAUCAACGCACUGUGCUAAUCACCAACCUUUCUGAGCGUACGACACAUAAGGACCUGGCCGGCAUUGUCCGUGGCGGCAGACUGCUGGACAUAUUCCUCCGCAAUGACCGAUCUGCAACGGUAUCCUUCAUUGAAGGAGCUGCCGACUUCCUUGCUUAUGCUAAGCGUAAUGACAUAUAUCUGCACAUGAAGAGGCUUGAAUUCCGUUGGAGCGACCGACAAUUCCACGUACCACCGCACGUGUCCAACAAGAUCGCCGGCGGCGCUACGCGAAACCUUGUUGUCCGAGGCGUUGCAGGCAAGGUCACUACAGAUCAGAUCCGUGACCAUCUCGAUCACAUCCACAACCUCAUCGUGGUAGACGUCUACUUCAAAAAUGGCGAUGCGUACAUCUCGACCAACUCUAUCCACAACGCUCUGUUCGCCAGGACCUGCAUGAUGUCGCGUACUGUAUACAAGGGCAUGCGCAUCGAGUACUAUCCGGAUGAAUGCGCUGGACCGCUACCUCAGCCCAAAAAGGCCCACACUCCCGUCACUCGCAUGCCUAUGAAGCCUGCACCUGUGGUCAACCAGUAUGCUCUUCUGGAUACCGGCUCCGACGAUGGGUCAGAGUCUGAAGAGGAGUUGUACAGGACCAACGGUGUGCAAGUCGAUGGUUACCAUUGGGCUGACAGUGUAGUAGCAUGA